AUGAAAAGUCUAGAAAACAAGAACCAUGAGGUGGUCCUCUACCAGCAACAGAUGACAGAAGAUAGAGAGAAACAGACACAGCCUCUAUCACUCAAAAAAGUCAGGGAGUUCAAUGUACCAGAUCUCCUUGGCAUAUUACAUAUAACAUCAUAUCGAUCAGACAGACUCUGGAUCAGUGACAAAUAUGGCAAUCUUGUCCAAACAGAUCUACAGGGAAAUGUGAUACAGAAGAUAAAAACCAGUGGUGGAGAAGAAGGUCACCACACCGUGACACAAGACGGGAAUCUGAUCUUUACAGACAUAGUCAAUAAAGUCAUCAAUAGGAUAACACAGGAUAACAAUAUCACUGAGUUCAUUAAAACUGGAGUCUGGGUCCCACUCAGCAUACACUCCUCCCACAUCAACGAAGACUUACUGGUGGGAAUGACUGGUUAUAGAGAGGCUAGAGUCACCAGGUACAACAAGACAGGAAAAGAACUACAGAACAUACAAAAAGAUAACAGGGGGCGAAAACUAUAUAGUAAACCACACUACAUCACAGAAAACAUCAAUGGAGAUAUCUGUACAUCAGACUAUACUAAGGGAGUAGUGGUGGUAAAUAAAUCAGGACAACACAGGUUCUCCUACAAAGGUCAGAAAUCAAAGUUCCGUCCAUAUGGAAUCUGUAUUGAUGUCUUCGGUCACAUCCUGGUGUGUGAUUAUCACACUAACUCUGUUCACCUCCUUGAUCAGGACGGUCAGUUCUUGUCUCUAUUACUCACACACGAACAAGGGAUAUACGGUCCCUAUAGUGUUUGUGCAGAUGAAAAUCUUUAUGUUGGACAACUACAGGGCACACUGACCGUGUUUAAGUUUCUCCAGUGA